AUGGCAGACAUUCCAGAGACACAGACCGUCCUCAUCCUCCACGCUGCAAAGCAGCCGUACGAGACGGCAGAAGGGUACCAAGUGCCCGAGAUCCAAGAUGAACAGGAGGUGCUGGUGAAGACGGAGCACAUCGGUCUGAACCCGAUUGACUGGAAAGCACCCGACUUCAAUUUUGCAAUUCCAACACUCCCCUACAUCUCAGGUCGCGAACUCGUAGGCCGCGUCGUCCGCCGCCCGCAAAAAUCCCACAGCCGCCUCCGCGAAGGCGACCAGGUCCUCGUCAUCUCCACAGACUACCGCGACCUCCGCAAGGCCGCCUACCAGGAGUACGUCGUCACCGCAGACUUCAACGCGGCCCGCAUCCCCGCCAACGUGUCCCCGCACGCCGGCGCGACCCUGGGCGUCGCCUUUGUCGCCGCGGUGCUCUCCUUGGGCGUUUGCAUGGGCGUAGACUUUUCCCACGUCCUCGGCGGGCCGGACCUGCUCACACUCUUGCGCUCCAUCCCGCCCGAGAGUCUGCCGCAGGACAUUAGAUCGGAGUGUCUCGCCGGCAUUGGGAACCACGAGAGGGCCGUCGCGGGCGACUGGGUCGUCAUCUGGGGCGGGUCCUCGACCUCGGCGAACCUGGCCGUGCAGCUCGCGCGGCUGGCAGGUCUCAAGGUCGUCACCGUGGUAGACAAGCUGCGCCACGGCCUGCGGCUGUCGAACCACACGGUCCUCCGGCCCGAUCUUCUCGUCGACAGCCACGAUCCCUCGCGAGCCAUCGACAUUAUCCGCGCCAACGUCGGAAAGGACCUGCGCUUCGCGCUGGAUACCAGCGGUCGGGAGUCCGCCGGCUGGCUGCUGCGCGCGCUGACGCCGUCGCAGGAUGCCGGCGCGCCGCCCAGUCCCCCCGAUACGCCUCGCAACUCGGCGCCCACCGUGAAGCAUCUCAUCGGGCUGACUGGUCUUCCCAAGGAGCAGGCGCCUGAGGGGGUCGCGUAUCACACCGUCCCCAUCAAGGUCUUCCACGAGGUCCCUGCUGUUGGGGAGGCGCUCGUGACCUGGCUGGAGCGCCUGCUCGAGAGUGGUCUCGUCAGCCCGCCCGAGGUCCUUGGCGUAGAAGAGGGCUUCGAGGGGAUCAACCGCGGCCUCGACCGGAUGAGGAAGGGCGAGAUCCGCGGCGGGAGAAUGGUCGUCAGCCUCGCGCCCGAGGCCGAGGACACUGCCGUGGCCAAACAAGACGUGACGAGGGACGCGAGUGUGCCGCCCGCGCUGGUCGAUUCGCCCAUGGCAGACGGCGGCGUGGAAGAAGAGCUUCAGCCUUCCGAGACGUCGCAGGCGUCUAGCCCCGAGUUCACUCCCCAGAAACUCGCUGACACUGGCCUGCGGAGGGGAAGCGCGACAUUGUGGCAGGCUGGACCGGCGGCUGAUGCGGUGCCGAGACGGUUGCCGGACGAGCAAAUUACAUCAGGGGAUGGCCCCUUGAAUGCGACACUGAGGAGAAACUCUCUCUGGCAGCCAAAGUCAGCGGAAAUUGCGGUGGAAAAUGCUCUCUCAUGA